AUGUCCCGGGCCUCGAAGCUCACACUUGCAGCGACCUCGAUCUUCGCUGCCAGCACCAUCGUCAUCGUCCAUUUUCAACAAAAAUUCGAGAAAGAGGCAUGUGUUGUUCGGGACAUUGAGCAGCAGCGAAUCAAGCGUGAACGCCAACUCGACUUCGACAUGCAGCGCGCCCUCGAAGAAGAGUAUAAGCGAGAGCAGACGGUCCGAGAAGCAACAGCGCCGAUACCACCUAGCACUGGUCGGUAG